AUGUCAUUUUUAUAUAUUAUUAUAUUUUACAUAAUUAUAACAAUCACGGAAGGAAAAAAUAAGUCAUGCGAAGAUAAUAAAAGUAUACACGGCCUCGGUACUGUAUUAUUUACAUCAGCUGACAUAUAUAAACAGUGUUGGUCACAAGAAGAAAUCGCGAUACUUUCAACUAGAUUGAUUUUGGAGGAUUUACUACCGGACAUAUCGAUUUUGAAUAUCGAUUGUAACGAUUUUGUGGAAGAUAUAGUCAGCUAUUUUAGAUUACUCAUAGAAGUUGUUAAAAAAGCUACACGGGGAAGAAAAAAACGUAUUACACUACUAGCUCUGACAGAUUUACUUGGCGCUUAUCUACAAUACGCGGUGUUGCCAGUAGCUCGUUAUUCAUAUUACGCGGGUGUUAUAGAUUACACAAGAAUCGCCAAAUUAAUCCAAUUAUUCGAGGAAAUCAAAUGGUUUUUGCGUACCAACGGACAAGGUUGGCCGAAACCAAUGAAGAUAACAUCUUCGAUUGUCAUAGAACCGAUAAAUUUCGAUUUGGAAAAACCGAACGUUAAAAGUUGUUGCGACCAAUUGAUUUUUUUCGAAUCGGAACGCCGUUCCGAAGAUGAUAACGUCACAGGGGUCGUAGUACGAUCGCACAUAGAUUUUCCGUUACCUUUUUUCGAUUCAACCGUACGACCAAAUUCGAUAGCGGUACCUUUCAAAAGGUAUCCACUGAGAAACAUCGAAUCGAGGAAAGUUUCGUACAUAUUGAUGAAAUUUUUUAUAGGUGCUGUACAAUGUUUAAAAGAGAAAAAAACGGAAACAGAAACCCAACAGAGAUUCCUCAACAACUUUUUCGGUUGGAUUAAAAAAGACGUGUUACCAAAAUUGGAAGACGACAAAUUUUAUUCGGCAUUCGGCGGUAUUUUGCGAGUGGACGAAACGUUAAAAACCCUAGGAGCGAUCGCGUUCACCAACGCGACGUGCCUACCCGAAGGCGAACAAGAAAUGGCCGUCCCCGGGGCGGGCGGAAACAACAAAAAAGAUUCGCCGUCGCUCCUAUUAAUAAUAAUGUUGGUAAUAAUAAUAAUUUGGUUCGUCGUCGGCACGGCGUUUAUAUGCUACAGAAUGAGAAGGCAUCGGAAGAAACCCCACGAUCCAGACCGCAAACCAGAACCGGACGUUUAUUCCUCCAGUACCACGGUCCGCAGCAAAUGGUCGAUAUUUUCGAAAAACAAAUCCGAUCGAGAAUCGACGUUCGGCAAAUGCAAAUGUUCCGCGAAAUCCACGCCGUACAGCAGCUCCUACACCAGCGACUACGAUAUCGAGGAAAAAAAUAAAAAAAACAAACAGAAAAAAGACAAAUCGGUGACGAUUUGUUACCCGCCCCCGUUCGCCGUUCCUUAUAGGAAUAAAAACGAACCGGCGAUCAUCGAAACGAAAACCACGAUGAAGAAAUUACCUUCGAUCGAAGAAAUAUCCGAAAUAACGGUCGAAAGUAAACGUAAGAGAACCGAAAAGUCCGAUUAUUUUCAUCCCGAACGCGAACAAUUUUCAAAAAAACAGCAGAAAAAAGGUGGUACGUCAAGACAAGGACACAUGGUUUUUUGCGAAAAUUUGAACAGCAGCGAAUCCGGUUCGAUUUCCCAUUCGAAAUUUUGCAAGAAAAAACAUCCGAGCGGCAAAAUCGACGCCGUAGAUGAAUGCUGGUGCGAUAUUCUCGGAGCUAACAACGAAGAUGAAUAUAUCGAAACGUCGGCAAUCGAUGUCGACGAAUACGCGUUGGAACAAACUAACGAUACGUCGCCGAAUUCGGGAAAACCGCACAAAACGUCGAGCUUGGAGGUUUCCUUCAAAGAUACGGACCGAGACGUGGAUAAACGACGUCAUAUCCGGCGCGGAAAAUCGAAUUCAGAAGGCGAAGAAGAUCCGUCACCGGGACAUUCUCGUCGAGAGGAAACGACCGCCGAUGAAUUGUCGGGGGCGACGGACAAAGAAAUUUCGUCGCAUCCGUACGCCUGUCAUUCCAGUUUAACCGGAGAUUAUGCGAAUCGAAAUAGAGACGGAAAACCGCACAUAUUCGGAUACGAUUUUCAAACUUCCAGUUCUUCGGAAUUUACCGAAGAAGAAACCGAUUUGAAAACGUCUACUUCUAAAUGAUAUUUUUAUGUAAAUAUAAA